UUAAAACGAAGAAGAAGAAGCAGAUACCGCCCCUUGUUAACGCGUUCGUCUGUCUUUCAGCCAGCUAACGGAUUACAAUUGACCAUUAGCUAAUUUAGAUAUAGUGGAAUCAUAGAAUGGAAGUUCCUUUAUGGCUAUUAUUACAGAUCAAAAAGUUGGCUUGCUAGCUAUCUUAUGGGGGCGACGGUAAAGCAAGUGAAUGAGUUCUGCAAACGGAAGAAACAGAAAAAAUAAAUAUUCAGCCUGUCCCCUUAUCGCCGACGUUCCGGUGUCACAACAACAUUACUGGAAUUUGUACUCCUGCUUCCUGAAUCCACUCGUGGCAGUAUUAGUGUUGUGCCGGGGGUUUGCCUUAUAUUUGGGAAUUCUGUUUUCUUGGUUGCGUGAACAGCUUUUCCGAGUCAUGGCCGCCAAAGUCAACAGAGCCGAGGACUUGAACGAUGAUUGCGACGACAACGGCGAGCGCAUCAGAAACCACCACAAACAGGCAUUUGAGUACAUAUCAGUGGCCCUUAGGAUUGACGAGGAUCACAAAGGCCAAAAGGAGCAGGCAGUGGAGUGGUACCAGAAGGGCAUUGUGGAGCUGGAGAAGGGCAUUGCCAUUCCAGUCACAGGGCAAGGAGAGCAGCAGGAUCGGGCCAAGCGGCUCCAGGCCAAGAUGACCAACAACCUGAAGAUGGCCAGAGAUCGACUGCAGCUCUUAGCGCAGCUGUCGGGCUCCCUCCUGGGGGACGUCAGUACGGACAGUGUGCUCCCCAGUGCAGGCCUGCCUCCAGACAGCAGAACGGCUCCCAAAAAGAAGGACCCUCCACCUUCUUCCAGCCACGCUGCUCUUCGGUCUAAGAACGUACCCAAGUCCGCCCCGUGCAGCCAGCCUGCACCCCCCCGCCCUGCCCACAGGGGGUCCCCCAACUCUGCUCCAGCCAGGCCCGCCUCCAGGGUUCCCCCGAAAGCUGGACCGGAGCGGAACGGGAAGCCCGGGGCUGCGGCCCGGAUCAGGGAGAUGAAGAACUUUAAGAACGUGGACAGCAAGCUGGCCAACCUCAUCCUCAACGACAUCGUGGAGAGCGGGGCGAUGGUGCGUUUCGAGGACGUCGCCGGACAGGAGCUGGCCAAACAGGCCCUGCAGGAGAUCGUCAUCCUGCCAGCCCUGCGUCCAGAGCUCUUCACCGGCCUCAGGGCCCCAGCGCGUGGCCUGCUCCUCUUCGGACCCCCAGGGAACGGCAAGACCAUGCUGGCCAAGGCUGUAGCUAUGGAAUCCAAUGCUACAUUCUUUAACAUAAGCGCUGCCAGCUUGACCUCCAAGUAUGUUGGAGAGGGGGAGAAGCUGGUGCGGGCGUUGUUCUCUGUGGCUCGAGAGUUGCAGCCUUCCAUCAUCUUCAUCGACGAAAUUGACAGUCUCCUCUGCGAGAGGAGAGAGGGCGAGCAGGACUCUACAAGGAGGCUGAAGACAGAAUUCCUGGUUGAGUUUGAUGGGGUGCAGUCAGGAGGAGAUGACCGGGUGCUGGUUAUGGGCGCUACUAACAGGCCUCAAGAGCUGGACGAGGCCGUGCUCAGGCGAUUCGCAAAAAGGGUGUAUGUGACGCUGCCGUCGCUAGAGACCCGCCUCAGUCUGCUGAAGAACCUUCUGGAGAAACACGGGAACCCACUCAGCCACCAGGAGCUGACCCACAUAGCCAGACUGACAGAGGGAUACUCAGGGAGUGACCUCACUUCCCUGGCUAAAGACGCCGCUCUGGGCCCAAUCAGAGAGCUCCGACCAGACCAAGUAAAGAACAUGGCGGCCAAGGAGGUACGGAACAUUAAGGUCUCUGACUUUCUGGAGUCUCUGAAGAGGAUCAAACAUAGCGUGAGCCCACAGACUCUGGGCUUGUACGCGCAGUGGAACAAAUCGUAUGGGGACACCACUGGCUUCUGAAUUACAGCGCCCCCUGCUGCCCUGGAGGUGAAUGGUAGCCUGGGAUUGGAUUUAAAAAAUACAUUCUAUGGGAAGCCAAAGCCCAUGUUUUAUUUGAAUAGUGUGGUUUUCUGUAUUAGGAGGAAAUGGAGCAUAGAGGGGGAACAUCAGCACUAUUAGUCCUCUGAUGCAGCUAAGCUGGCUUCUCAGUGCGUGGCCUCGACAGACAGAGGAUGAAUGCAUUUCUCCCAUGCAUGGCCACAUUGACGUUAUCUUUACUUGAAACUUAUGAUGAAGACUGAAGCAGAAGACGGAGACCGAUUGCAGGGGGGUGGGGUCUAUGCACUAUGUGUGUGUAUAUAGUCUUGGCAUUUGAUUACGUUGAAUUGCAUAACUGUAGCAUUUCAGGGCCAUUGAAGACCUGUGCCUUAAGUAAAUGACAAACGUAACCUUUUAUACAUCCUCUUUGCUAAUAAUUCUCAAUGAUUAUUUUAAAUUAAAUUCUGCAUAUCUUUGAGGCAUAUUAGCAUCCUUUGCCAAAAUAAUUUGAUUAUUUUUGGUGUUUUUUUGUUUGUUUGUUUGCCAUAUUUAAAUAUAUAAAAAUUGACCUA